CUCUGGUUAUAAAAUUGGGGGCGGAGUAGCAAAGGGUGGCCGGGAAAUGAUGGCUGAUGAAGAGGAAGAAGUUGAACGGAUCUUGCAGAAAUUGCAGGAACUGGUGGAUCAACUAUAUUCAUUUCGAGAGUGUUAUUUCGAGACACAUAGUGUCGAGGAUGCUGGGAGGAAGCAACAGGAUGUGCAGGAGGAGAUGGAGAAGACCCUGCAGCAGAUGAAGGAAGUAGUGGGUUCUGUUCAGGGCAAGGCCCAGGUUCUGAUGCUAACUGGGAAGGCACUGAAUGUGACUCCUGACUAUAGCCCUAAGGCUGAGGAGCUUCUGUCAAAGGCCGUGAAGCUGGAGCCCAACCUGGUGGAAGCCUGGAACCAGCUGGGGGAGGUGUACUGGAAGAAGGGGGAUGUUGCAGCUGCCCACACCUGCUUCUCAGGAGCCCUCACCCAUUGCAAAAACAAAGUCUCCCUUCAGAACCUGUCAAUGGUGCUUCGCCAGCUGCGGACUGACUCUGGGGAUGAGCAUUCUCGCCACGUCAUGGACAGCGUCCGGCAGGCUAAGUUGGCUGUGCAGAUGGAUAUCCAUGAUGGCCGCUCCUGGUAUAUUCUGGGGAACGCUUACCUUUCUCUGUACUUCAAUACUGGCCAGAAUCCUAAGAUCUCCCAGCAAGCCCUCAGUGCCUAUGCCCAAGCAGAGAAGGUUGACAGGACAGCUUCCAGCAAUCCUGAUCUUCAUCUGAACAGGGCAACGUUACAUAAAUAUGAAGAGAAUUAUGGGGAGGCCCUGGAGGGCUUCUCUCGGGCAGCAGCACUGGACCCCGCGUGGCCAGAGCCUCGACAACGAGAGCAACAACUCUUGGAAUUCCUGAAUAGAUUAACCAGCCUCCUUGAGAGCAAGGGAAAGGUGAAGACCAAAAAGUUGCAGAGCAUGCUGGGAAGCUUGCGCCCAGCCCAUCUAGGUCCUUGUAGUGAUGGGCGCUAUCAGUCUGCCUCUGGGCAGAAGGUGACCCUGGAGCUCAAGCCACUGAGUGCCCUGCAGCCCGGUGUGAACAGUGGUGCUGUGGUCCUGGGGAAGGUGGUGUUCAGCCUUACGACCGAGGAGAAAGUCCCCUUUACAUUUGGCCUGGUGGAUUCAGAUGGACCGUGUUAUGCAGUGAUGGUGUAUAACAUGGUGCAGAGUUGGGGAGUGCUCAUUGGGGACUCUGUGGCCAUCCCUGAGCCCAACCUUCGGCUUCACCGAAUUCAGCACAAAGGAAAGGACUAUUCCUUUUCCAGUGUUCGUGUGGAGACACCCCUUCUGCUGGUGGUGAAUGGGAAGCCUCAGGGCUCCAGCAGCCAGGCUGCUGCUACAGUGGCCUCUCGGCCACAGUGUGAAUGACCUCUUAACGUGCAUGCUAAAGAGGGAGUGGAGGCACGGAGACAAGCUCGAGGGCGCUCGCCAGCUGGACCAGCCGCAUCCAGUGACUCAUCCGGAGUGGGGGGCUGUUUUAGAUGACGACCUUUCCUUCCUCUCCCCUGGAAGAUGCUGUGUGUCUUUUCCUUCUCUCCUCUUAAACAGGUUCUAACUCUCUGGGGCCACAUACUCCUGUGUCUUUCAUUGCUCUUCUAUGUUUUAGGCAAAGAGCAUGGAACUGGUCAAAGUGUUGGGAUCUUGCUGUGGGACAGAGUCCCCAGGGUUCCUGUUCUUGCCUCCUUCCCGAGCCUCGUGUAUAUAUUAUUUCAGUAUUUAUUGCUAAGGGAGGGGGCUUAAUUUUAUAAUGGCUUGGUUUUUGAGCAACUUUUAUUUUAUUUUUAUUUUUAAAAUUUAGGUUUAUCCCCUUCUUUGGGGCUGGAACAGAAUUAAAUAUGUUUGGAAAGUAAUAAUACCAUGUUGUGUGGCCUGCUUCAUUCUCUCCAGGCUUGUGCUCUUGGUUUUUGGGAUCACUUCAGUUGAUUAGAGUAGGACCCCACCACCUUUUCCCCCCUUAUACAAAGCAGCUUAUUUCUCUUCA